CUGGUAUUUCUUUUAUAGGUGGUCCCUACAUGCUUUGCCCAAAGCCCAAAUCAUAUCUUUGAUUUCUUCUUCUUGGCCAUUCCGACUGAAGGUUCUCAUAGCCCGAGGUUACCAGGGAAGCAGGAGCCUCAGGAACUGGGAGGAGGGGAAUGAACCGUGAGGGUGUCCCCGGGAAGAGUCCGGAGGAGAUGUAUAUUCAGCAGAAAGUGAGAGUCCUGCUUAUGCUUAGGAAGAUGGGAUCAAAUUUAACUGCCAGCGAAGAAGAAUUUUUGCGGACAUAUGCAGGAGUCGUGAAUAGCCAACUUAGCCAGCUUCCUCAGCAUUCGAUCGAUCAGGGUGCUGAGGAUGGGGUGAUGGCGUUUUCCAGAUCGGAGACGGAAGACAGAAGGCAGUAAUGGAAAGGCUGUCCGAGCAGUACAGAGCUGGACCGGGGAAAACAAGGCUCAUGGAGAUCGAGGAAGAUGGCUGGACAUUCAUGAGUUCUUUUGCCCUCUCCUGAUUUCCCCCCCCACCCCCGUCCCACGUUAGCCUUCCCUCGUCCCCCCAGUUCAGUUUCUUGUUGCCCAGCUGUCUGAAUGUAUCUUGUAGCAGUCUGUCCUCUAUGCCCUGUUGGCGGCUCAGCUGGGCUGUGUUAAUUGAGGAUAACUCCAGGAAUGCAUUUGUGAUUGGCUCAGAAAAGGUGGACUCUGAUUGGAUAAAAGGAAGAAAACGUGACCAGUGGAAACACUCCUCAUACCCCCCCCCUUCCCAUCCCGCCUGUUUGUUUUUAACUUUGUGUUUUUAAGAAUUGCUGCCGACAUCCUUCUCCUCAAAGCCUCCGAGCGUUCGUGCUUAUGUAGGUCAUGUUUGUGUGUUUUCGGAGAGUGGCUUCUCUGUGUGAAACUGGAAAUGGACCGAUUGCCGGUGCCAAAUUGAGCGGCUUGCAGGUGUUUUGCCAGCAUCCAUGUUUUCUUUGCUAAAAAGCUGGGGGUGGGGAAGGGAGGGAGGGCAAACGCAAGUUAUUGCUUCACGUUUAUUGUCAUGGGGAAUGUUUUGCCAUAUUUAUUACAUGCUUGCAUACCUCUUUUCAUUGGCCUAAUUGACUUCCUGUUGGCUGCAGUGUCUCUAACUGCCUUCUCUGCACUAGUCUGCUCCGAGGCGCUCUUUGAGGAAUCCAUGCAGGAAAACGGGUUGGUUUUCUCAAAUCUUUCCCAGCAGGAGGAGGUAUUCACGGACGCUGCAUAGCUUCAUCGAGUGCUGUGGAAAUGAGCCUCUGAUGGAGACAAGGGUGGCUUCGUUGAAGCUUGCAUGGGACCUGUAUACACUGUAGGAAUGGCAGGUGACCCAGAUCUGUGUGACGGCCAAGUGCCAAACCAGAACGAGCACAAACUAUUCUAUACAGACCGUAUUACUUAACCGUUAACGUGGGCUACUGCUGACCUGGUUAUUUCCUGUAGCGUUUGGGCUGAGCCUGCCGUGACUGGCGGGGUGGGACUUGCUGUGGCCCUUGACUGGGUUUGCUGUUCUGUGAUCAGAUCUCCUUAGAGUCACUGAACGGUGCGCCUGAGGGCUCCAGUCACAGGUGCUGCAGGGGACCCAUCUUUUCCCUACAUCUGAUGAGAAGGUUCUGGAACGACAGCGCUUUGUGUCAGAUGUGCUGAGCUUGCCAGGAAGUGGCACAUUCACCCCCCUGAACCCCCAGGUGCUGCUGCCGAAAUCCAAGUGUUGCCUUUUCUGUUACAUCCCAGGAUUUUCUCAGUACUUCCAAGAAGGCAGCUGUGGUGGGUUUAGAAAUCCAUCCCUCCUGUCCCUGCAUCUUUGGGACAUCUAGAGGCUUAAGGAUAUGACUGUGAUGAACCCAGUCAGUUCCUGGGGCCUGAAGCUGUGAGGGUACAGGUGCUGUUGCUCUGUGGGUGUGUAUGUGGGCGCACAUGUGUGUGCACACACAUUUGAGAGAGAGAGAGGUUACGGUGAAUGAAUAAACCUACAAUAGCAGCAACGCUUUUGCCAGAAAAACAAUACUUGAGUUUCAAUUUGCAGCUUUUUAAUGAAGUUCUCGGUGUGGAAAAUAAGCCUCAAUUGGGGCUGGUAAUGAGAUUCCAAUUAAACAAAACCAGCAAUAAAUGCCGUUCAUCCCUUUCAA